AUGAAUUCGAUCUUCAUCACAGGCUUGGCCACUGCCUAUCCUCCCCACACUGUCAAACAGGACGACUUUGAAGGUCUGCUCAACCGACUGUAUCCCGACCGAAUUACUGAGCCAGGAUUGCAAAAGUUGAUUCACUUCAACCGUAGGACAAAAAUCAAGGCACGCCCCAUAAUCUUCGACCCAUCGACAUGGACAAAAGAGGAUGCAGCCCCUCCAAGCAUUCAAGAGCUAUCAUCCAUCUAUCAAGACGUUGGUGUGGCGCUCUCAGCUCAGGCGUGCAGCAAGGCUAUGCUCGAAGCUCAAGUAUCAGCCUCGGAAAUCACACACAUUGUUGCCGUCACUUGCACCACUCAGAGCAACCCCGGCUACGAUCUCUUUGUGUGUCAGAAACUUAGCCUCGAUCCAAGUGUGCAACGCGUUCUGCUACACGGCGUGGGUUGCGCAGGCGGCCUGUCAGCGCUACGAGCAGCUGCGAAUCUGGCAGCUGCUGCCUCAUCGCGAGGACAGCCAGCACGAAUUCUUGUGAUUGCCUGCGAGUUGUGUAGUCUAUUUCUCCGAGCGGAAUUGCAGGCCUGCCUCCAAGAUCAAGAGCUUCAUAUCGCGCCCGCACUGUUCUCGGAUGCUGCCGCCGCAGUGGUCGUCACGAACGGAUUGGCACUUGACCGGGCAUCAGGACAGCGUCCAGUCUAUGAACUGCAUCAAUGGGGUAGUAUGCUUGUGCCUGGUACGGCGGACCAAAUGUCCUACAACAUGGAGGAACAUGGUAUGAUCGCCAACAUCACUAAACACGUGCCAAAGACCGCCGUCAGCGCCAUCCUUCCCAUGCUCGCACACCUACACAAAUCAAACUCCCCGCCUACCUCUCACCUCACCCCUUCAGAGUUCGACUGGGCCUUGCACCCUGGCGGCGCCUCCAUCCUCCAAGGUGCAACCGACAACCUCGGUCUCUCCCAAGACCACAUCCGCGCCUCCCUUGCCGUCUACGAAAACUACGGAAACUCUUCGAGCCCCACCGUUCUCAUCGUACUGAAUGGCUUGCGCAAAUUGGGGCCGGGUAGGGACCAUGUCGUGGCCGCGAGCUUUGGGCCCGGUAUAGCGAUUGAGAUGUUCCUGAUGCAGCGUUGCCGCGAGAUUGGAGUCAAGAAUGGAAUUGAGGAGAUGUUGCGUGGUUCGGUUGGUGGAAAACGGGAAAAGAUGGUAUCGGUAUUGAGGGGAUGGGUUGGCAAGGUUGGAGAGAAGGGAACGGGAAAGAAGUGGGCUGCCCUUAUUGAGUAG